UUUGACAAUGUCCAGAAUAACACUCCAUGAUACAAUGGGUGAGGACAUAUCAAUAUACGGCUUCAUGUAUGUCCCCAGCUUGGUCAGGCACUGUGUGUCAUUGACUAGUAGCAAGAAUAUUAAACAUAGCGCAACAAUAUUAAGCAGUAUACGGCACAUAAACAGGCUCGCAACCAUGUUCCCUGUUACCAGUUCAGGUAGUCAACAAACUUUAUUCACAACAGCAGGGACGUGGCAGUUGUCUUGCUAGCCACCAGGUGACGUCAGCAUGUGAUGAGCUCGGAGCCGCCAGAAACGUGAUGUAACGUUAUCGGUGCGGCAUCUUCUCUGGGUGGUGUUGUUUCUCACAGUGUCUACGCGAGGUCCUUUCACGAAAUAACUCCUGUCGUCCAGAGGCGCGACGAUGCCUGAGCUAUCCUCGCAAAUCUCGACAAGCCAGGUGCGCCUGACCUCCGCGGCCCUUGUCGAUGGCCUCUCUGACCUCUCUGUUCGCGCGUGGCGUGACAUACUGAAAUGAAGCACACGGUUAGCACGGUGGCGAUGCGGCCGUCCGGACAAAAUGGGAAAAAGAAAGAAAAGGAAGAAAAAAAAGAAAGGCGACAGGCGAGGAACCACUAUGCGCGACGACUUCCGCCAUACGCAACGACCACGAACAGCGACGCACAACAGACCGUGACUCGCGUUUUCCCGCUCGCAUCCGCACGCACGCACAAACAACCACGCAUCUGACGCGCCGACGGUUCCGCAACAACGCUGGUCGAGCGACCGGACCGGACGACGGAGCCGGCGGACCGCAGGAUGCGGGGGAAAAAUAAAGCGGCGACGCGCCACUGGCUCGCACCCAUACACCCACCAAAAAUACGGGAAGGGAAGAAGACGCUCUUCAACGCGGCAGCCAGCAAGAUCACGCAACUUUGCGAAGCAAGAAGAACAAAGCGUUCAAGAACGCAGAAAGAGUCAUCGCUUCUUUCGCUCGCGUCUUCGUUCCAACCAAGGUCGUUUCACUCCGGCGGCCAUAUUUUCCCUCUCGCCUCCUAAACCGGACAGCGCGGCCCGGCGACACAGACAGACGGCUGGCCGUACGGCUUUGUGGACUUCGAGUUGUUUUCGUUCGAGCUACAAAAGUUGCGUGUGUGUGUGCGUAUGUCACGCGUCCGUGUCGUACGCGGCGAGAGGACGAUGCACGUGGAGUUGGCAAAGCGCAACAGGUGAGUUUAUUUUGUCAAGUGGAACGGUGCAGGUAGCAGGCGGCGCGAUCUCGUCGUUUUGAAACGAGCGCGCGCGCCAUCCAAGCAGGAGCAGCGGGGUUGGCGCGGCCUGCUCGGGCUUUCCGCCACAAAACUCGUACUACGAGCAAAGGCCAGAUACGAAAGCGAGAUAUAUCACGGCACGGGCGGCUUGGGCGUCCACGCAACGCCCCGUGAUCCUAGAACAGAAGUUGGCGCUGCGCACUGUGUGUAUGUGUGUGUGCUGUAGCGCGAGCCGGUUCGAGAGGCACGUAUAGUUUACCGAGCUAGCGAGCUGUGUAUGUGGCGAGUGAGACGACAGUGGAGCUCGUCGGUUUUGUGUGUAAAUGCGCACUGGGCAGCCCGGAAUGUAAAUUUGUUUCGGUUUUAGAACAAUGUAUUCACGGGAAACGGCUCGAAAGGUACAGCGCCUUUAUGUCUAGACUUUCUAAACGACCCACGACGGACAGGGUCCGAUGCGUACCGCACUUUUUUACACGCGACGGGAGAACGACUUGAAAAUUAAGUGGCGAGGCAAAUUGAGUGCGUAAUAAUAAAAAAAAAAAAAGUCGCACGUGUUUGUGCUGUUGAGAAAUUGACAUUACUGAUUUAGUUAUACAUAGCUUGCCGAGCGUAUGGUCUCCCAUUGAUCAAGUCGAACAGUUGGUACGAUGUUUCAUUUCAUGAUUGUAGAUACUUUGACUCCGUACGAGUCUGAGGUAGCUAGCGUCAGCUAAUGUCAAUCGGAACCAAGUAUUAUACGGUGGUUGAAACUUAUUUAACGUCAUUCGAUGGGGGACAUACGUGUAGUUUGGCAAAUAGUUUCGCUUUCUUCUACGCGUGUCGUCAAUUGUAACUCAAUUAAUUACGAUUGGGCGUCGCCAUUCACGCACUACCUCAAGUAAGUUCAUCUUUCUAUUUCUUUUAUGCGCAGCAUUCGUGCAUUAUUAUUUAUCGCGGGCACGAAAGGUCCUUCCAAGUUGCCCACGCGUUUUCAUUUCGGUCUGGAGCCGCGCCCACGUUUUUGUUUCUUUUUCUUGCGGUUUGGAAGCCUUCGAUUCGACUAGCCUUUUAUAGAAGCUUAAGUUUGGCUACUUGAGCCAAGGGACGUUGACUUGAGGAGAUAGAAGACGAAGAUGCGACAUCUCGGGGCCGCUGGUAAUCGCGGCCUCUCUGUAUAGGUCGCUUCAUUUUACGGUGGCGGCGUGAGCACAGCCGCGUCAGGUUGGACCCAUGACCGACGAACGGGGAGAAUACGUCGAGUGGCGUUUCUGGCGCUUCCCUCAGCCCAACGCCAACCAUCAGCGUUUCGGCGACGAGAUCGAGAGGUUUGCCGCAGCGGCCGCGACGGCUGCUCGUGCUGGAACCGUCGGGAGAAUAGCCACCGUCGCUUGCGAGCAGCGAGGCCGUCCUGCGGCGAGGCGAACUGCGCCGCCGCAGUGCUCGGUAUUCCUCGAAAAGCGACCGGCCGCCGUCGCCGUUCAAGAUGAAAGCAGCAACCAGCGGGCAGAACCGGCCGGAAUUCCGCCAUCGGAGCCCAUCUCUGUGGGCCGCGGAGCAGACGACGUCGCUGAAGCAGACGACGACGCCGCCGGCGUCACGGAUUCGUUCCAGCCGAAGCGGAGCCAUGGCGUGAGCCAACGGGACGGCGUCGCUGCGGUCUCGGUGGCCGGCGAUUGGCGGAGGAUCGCUAGGCCUAACCGCGUAGGUCGUCUGCUGCGCGACGCCUCGGCAGGUGAUGCGGCGGCCGCCGAAGGCUGCGGCGAUGACGACGACGCGGGUGUUAGCUUCGCACCGGCGGCGAGCACCUUCAGAGCAGCAGCUGCCGCACCCGUAGGAGACACUAUGGGCAACAAGGCGAGCAGCAGCGGUCAUCAGGCCGAAAAGAGAGCCAAGGGCUCCACCGACUGCUUGUCCGAGACGCCCAAAGGUAGCCCCGGGCUCUUUCGGUUGGGCCGCGACGUCGUCAGGGGGAAAGUACGGAAGACUCCGCAGACUGCGCGAAAGGCGGCGGCGGCGGCCGCCGCCGCCGCCGCUGCGCAAGACGACGUCGGCGUCGCUGCGGGAAAAUGCCAAGUCGGCGGCACGGGCCCCGAGUCGCACGUGGUGGGUACGAAUGGCACCCCGAAGAAGAGAAGAAGCGAGUCGAGUCCGGAGAGCUCGGUUUCGGGUUCGGUCUACGUCGACACGGUCUCGCACCUGGCAGAUUCCGAAGACGGCGUCGUAGCGGACGCGCCGUCCUCGAGGACGGCGGCCGAAAGCGAAGCGGGCACGACGCCACCGCAGCGGUCUCCGAGCAACGCGAGCGAUACGACCGUCUUCGGCGACGACGUCGCCGACUUCGUGUUUCUGCAGCAGCAGACCCCGCCCUCCUCGGCGCCUGUCACCGCGAAUGGCGCGGGAACGACGACGCUUACCGGCGGGCUACCCGCGUACCGCAGUGCUACCGCGUCGGGACUGCGCGUGCGGUCUCACAGUGAAGCCGACUCGACGUCGGUGUACUCCGUCGCUCGCGCGACCCCGUCGUGCACGAGUCUGGGUCGCGGCGAUUCCAACAAGGCGACCAGCGAGGGAGCGGCGACGGCAGCGGGCUAUGCCGCGCCCACCUUCACGUUGACGCAGCACCGCAAGGUGGUUCUACCCAAAUUCUCUGCGCCUUCGACCGCACUGCCUUCGGCAUCGGCUACCGCAGCCAACGAGGAAAGUGGCGAUGCAAAACCUGGCGCGCCUGCCGGUUCCAGUGUCACGAGUAGCGGUGGACGCCGGCAUUCGGCGUACGACGACGCGCCCCCGCUGGCUGGCAAUGUGCUCCGCAAAGUUGCCUCCCUGACGCUGGAGCGCGCGACCAUCGAGGCGAAAGUGAACCGGCCGAAAGUGGUUCCCGAGAAGCUCGACUUCAGCAUUUAUGAAAAAUUCGAAGGCCAGAUGCUGCUCAAUUGGUUCUGCACGACGUUCCCGGAAGACCACUACCUGCGGUUUCUGCUGACAAAGCAGGACCUGAAGCUGCUGGCGGCUCAGUUCUGCACUCACCUGCUGGCCGCAGGGGUGCUGCGCCAGAUAGAGGAUGAAAAUGCCCCGCUCGAAUCCCUCUUUCGGCCUGACCUGAUGUACUACUGGACGCACUCUGAAGUGCCAGCAUGCCCGGUAAGCAACGUUGUGCCCGGCAAACUGACCACGGACUACUGGCCGCCGCCAGACUCGGAAAGUGAUGCCAGGCCAGGACUUCGAUACACAGAAGCAGAGGCGCAGCAGAUGGUCAUGGGCUUGAAAAAGGCCCACCGGAAUGAGCUGGAGAAGCUGCAGAAAGCGCACGAGCUGGCCCUCUUCUCUCUGCGAGGAGAGCAGGCUGCCAGGCUGACGGACUACGAGGGCCAAGUCGUUCGUCUGGAGCAAGAGAUCGACAAGUACCAAACCCUGGCCGGCAUCGAAGAGCUGACCAGGAAGGCGCGAGACAUAGACGCACCCCAGGCGACGACUCCGGCACCCACUCACGCUACGGCGCAGGUGUCGCAACGGUCUUGCGAAGUGCAGACCCUCUCCGCUGUACUGCGGUCUUGCGAAGUGCAGACUGCUGGAUUGGCUACCUGUGAUAAAUGGGUCCAGGCGCAGUGGAGGUUUGCGGUGGGCAUGGUUCAGACGGAUGAGGCGGAAUACUCAACCCAGGAAUCUCAGACCCAUGUCGACGCGUGUCACCAGGAGUGCCAGACGGACGAGCAGCCCGUCCUGCCCACCGUGGUAGUGACGAGCGCUGGCAGCCUGCCCACGGCAACCGCACUCUCCCAGGCAGCGCCACCGCCUCCACCUCCACCUCCUCCCCCACCCCCACCAUUUCCUUGCACGCCGCCGCCUCCUCCACCUCCACCACCCCCAUUUAUGGGCAUGGCCACGCCCCCUCCUCCUCCGCCUCCUCCUCCUCCCUUUCCUGGCAUGGCCACGCCUCCACCCCCUCCCCCUCUGCCAGGAAUGGGCAUGACCCCUCCGCCACCUCCCCUACCCCCGUUUAUGGUGCCGGUCCAUGGCUCCCCGGCGCCCCCUCCUCCUCCCCCGCCGGGGCUGGGACCAGUGCCGAUGCCGGCGCCACCGGUGGGAGGCUGGCACAACGCCUAUGCCGCAGCCCGCAAGCAACCUGUGAACCCCAAGGCGGCGAUGAAGCCCCUCUACUGGACGAGGAUUCAAGUGCCCACGGCCAAGCAGCCACAGGCUGCUUUGCCGGCAAGCCCAGAAAAGACAGCAGAGCAGAAGACACUGUGGGAGAGCCUGGAGGAGACUCCCCCUACUGACUGGGACGAGUUCGAAAACUUGUUCUCGAGGCAGGUUCAGGAGAAAAAACCCACGGCCAAAACGAAAAGUGCCAAGGAAAAGACGAAGCAGGUGGCGAAGCUUCUUGAUCAGAAACGAUCACAAAACGUCGGCAUUCUGAUAUCAAGCCUUCGCCUCGAAAUAAGUGAUGUGGAGAAUGCCAUCUACAACUUCGACACAUCGGUCGUGAGCUUGGACACACUUCAAGCACUUUAUGAAAUUCGCCCGACAAAUGAGGAGCUGAAGCUGAUUCAGGACCACCUAGCUGUGAAGCCCGACAUUCCGUUAGACAAGCCAGAGCGCUUCUUGCUCGAUCUGUCUCGCAUUCCGGAGUAUGCCGAUCGUGUCGGAUGCAUCAUGUUCCAGUCGACCUACACAGAGGCCAUCAGCGCCGUGGAGAACAAGCUGAACAACCUCAAGAUGACAUGCCAGGCAUUAUUACACAGUAAAGAGGUGCGCACUAUCCUGGGGCUUAUAUUGGCUCUAGGCAACUACAUGAACGGAGGGAAUAGGAGUCGUGGACAAGCUGAUGGCUUUGGCCUCGAGAUCUUGGCCAAGUUGAAGGACGUCAAGAGCAAGGACAACUCUUUGACUCUUCUUCACUACAUUGUCAGAGUCUAUAUAAGCAAGUUCCAGGAGGACGUUUCCCAGGAGAAGGCGAAAUUUCCGCUACCUGAGCCGACCGACAUGGAGCGAGCUGGACUCGUCAAUUUCGACGACAUCAGGGCGGAUCUCAAGAAGCUCGAUGCCCAGAUCAAGAGUUGCGAGUCCAAGGUGCAGAAGGUGCUGGCAAACUCGGACGGCGAGCACCAGGAACCCUUCCGGGAGCAGAUGACCACGUUCCUGCAGAAGGCAUGCCAGGAACAGAAGGAGCAGGAGGAGAACCUUGAGGAGUGCAGGCUCAAAUUCCUGGAGACCAAGGACUACUUCAGCCUGCAGCCCAAGUCCAAGAAUGAGUCCGAGUGGCCGAAGGAGUUCUUCACUCCGUGGGUGCCUUUCUGCAAUGACUUUAAGAACAUUUGGAAGAAGGAGGUCCAGCGCAAGAUCAAGCUCGACUUUGAGGCAGCUAGGAAGAAGGUGAAGGACCUGCAGGAAGCCAAGAAAUCCAGCGUGAUGUCCGAAGUGGUGAAGGUCAGGAACAACAAGCCAUCUGGCCUGAAAGCGAAAAUGACGAAAAGGAUGCAGCAACUUGGACAGAGCUUUCCUGCGUCUGGAGGACCUUAAAAAAAAAAAUCUCUGAGAAUAGAUCUGACUUUCAUAGCCUGUGGUGCGCAGAAGCCGACAUACAAGUAUAUGUAUAUACAUAGUGUGACAUACUAUUUUUAAUGAGAGAUUAAUGCUGUUAAGGGCACACAGUUGUUGUUGCGUGUAACAGGCAUGUCGGGUAACUUUCGUGGUGGAUCUGUCUGUCAGCUGUUGCAAGGCUGUGUUAAAUCGUGAAUUUCAAGUCGUCGAACAUGUUUGCUAGAUGCAAGAGCCAGGGAACUGUUUCUUUUUUUUCGCAUACGUGAUGAGCGCUUACUGGUGCGAUAAACAGGGGCUGGAUUGUGCAAGGAUUGAUUUCCUUCGAUUCUAUUAGUUUAUCACUGGUCACAGCAGGGGGGCAGUACUGACAAUAUCGAAGACUUGGUUUCACCAGACAGUGACAAAGGACGUAAAAAAAAAGAGGAAAAUCAAAUGAAUCCUUGUAUAAUACAGUCCCAGUCAUUAGGAUAUGGCACUGUCUCGACGAUGCAGGAUUGCAGGUGUCUUGGAAGUGGUUGUAUAUGAGGUUGACGAAGCAGGUGCAAAAAGAAAAAAAAUAUGCGAUAUUUCUUUUUAGUUCUCGACAAGUGGCAUUCGGAUGGCUGGCCACAUCUGGUUGCGAGUUGCGAUUGUUGUUGUAACCGAAUAGAUCGAUUGAAAAAUUUAACUGACACUUUACAGAGCAUUUUAGGGCAGCUGUUAUCAACUCAAUACAAAAAAUUCUAGUUCAAACUUUUUUAUCAAUACAGAGCAUGUUAGUGAUGCUAUCGAUUCUACAAGUGUCCCGCACAAUGUUACGGAAGUAACCAAAUUUUUUAAAGAUUGCAUAUGGCAGAUAGCAUAAUUCUAACCCUCAAUCUAAAUUGCUCGAUGAGGUGCAUUACUUCUACAAGAAAUCAAAAUGUCCAAUUGAAUAAUUAACAUAAUUGCACUAAUUAACCAUUAAAUUAAUAAUUUGUGCUGCAUAUUUCAAUGUACGAAUUAUAGCUGAUGAGUUCACACGGCAUAUCCACUUGGAACAAAUUCCCUGGACAGCACCAGUUCCGAUAUAUUAAUUUUCAGUUUCCGACGAAAUGCAUUUGCGUUCCAGUUACUUUUUAAUAAACCGCUGUUUUAUGCAUUGAAGUAUAAAAGUAACUGAAGCACCAAUGCAUUUCGAGGGACAUUUCGAAAAUUAAUAUCUCUGAACUGGUGCUGUCCAGGGAAUUUGUUCCAAGUGGAUAUGCCGUGUGAACUCAGCGGCUAUAAUUAAGAUUGAAAUAUGUGGCAUAAAGUAAAUAAUUAAAAAGUUAAUUAGCAUAAUUACGUGAAUUAUUCAAUUGAACAUUUUGAUUUCUCGUAUAAGUAACGACUGUCUCGUCGAGUAAUUUAGAUCUUGGGUUAGAAUUGGGCCAUCUGCAAUAGGCAAUCUUUAAAAAAUUUGGUGCAGCUUAAAAAAACACCCAGUAGGAUGUGCUUAUACAGUGAAAUCUCGUUACUACAAGCUUCAUGUUAACAAUCUUUUCACAGCAAAAAUUUUAAAAGUACUUAGCUGAAAGCCUAUUGUACUAUGUGAAAAUUAUUUCACGACAAAUUUCAAAACAGAAUAUUUUGAAAUGAGUGACCAUUCAUGCUUUGUCUGUAUUAGUAGCACCUCAAUAUAACGAAUUCGUAACCUGAAAUAUUACGCACAAUUUAAAUGUACAAAGCCGUGAAAAACCUGCCACGGUGACUUAGUGGCUAUGGUGUUGCGCUGCUAAGCACGAGGUCAUCGUACGAGAUCGCGGCCGCGGCGGUCACAUUAACAUCGGUGUCCCGUGCAUUAGGGGGCGCGUUAAUGAAACCCUGGUGGUCAAAGUUAAUCUGAAGUUUCCCACUAUGACGUCCCUCAUAAUCGAAUCAUCGUUUUGGCAUGUAAAAAAACCCACGAAAUUCAGUUAAUUCAAGCCGUGAAAAAUUAAGCGCACCAUCAUCAACAGCAGAUGGCUGCGAUUACAGAUGUGCACAGAGUCCUAUCACCAUUGCCCAUAGUAAUAGAGGCCCACUAAAAUCACAAACUGCACAAAUUGGCGCUGUCAGCACUGGAUAGUGCGAGAUUCCACCCAGUACGUCAUUCACAAUCCAAACAGCCGCCAUCUUAAGGCUGGUUUGCCUCUAAGCACAAGGUCGCAGAAUCAAAUCCUGGCCGCGACGGCUGACUUUCGAUGCAGGCGAAAUGCAAGAACGCCUGUGUAUGCCAGAGCAUGUUACAAAACCGCAGGUGGCCAAAACUGAUCCAUAGACCCCCACUACAAUUUGUUUCAUAAUCGGAUCAUAAGCGUGCGUUCUCACUGGUGUCGUCGUGCAGAGUCUGUAAAUGGCGUAAAUGUAUUUGGGGAUGUACUGCUUGCAAAUAUAGCUUAUUCCUCCUGCUGAAAUUAGUCUUUAAUGCUAGUUUUGUGCCUUCGAUGCAAUACUUCAAAAUAAAGAACGAUUUUAAGUAUUCUCAUGAUAUUCAUUAUAUCGAGAUUUCACUGUAUAAAUUCCUUUGAAUCGUACUGUGGAGGGACUGUUGGACUGCAUGCAAAAGCGUUUCGAUUCGAAAUGCAAGUUUCCUUUGGGAUUGUAUUUGUGCACUGUGGAGAAUGUGAUUUGCUGCAACGAGAAUUUGUGACCAAAUAUCUGAGAACACCACAGAAUUGUACAUUUUCCGAAAAACAUCCUGGGACACUAGCUGGGUAACAUGCAUUAAAGAUUGUUUUGCAGGAAUAACUACAACUUACUCUUACAAAAGCAUUUGGACGCACUUCUAGACCUAAAUUUUUAUGGCUUCAUUCAACGGAGCGCCCACUGGCGCUGGUAUGUACAAUGGCAGACCCAUUUGUUCAUUGAUAAUUGGUGAGAUAAGAACUGUGAACCCUAGCUUUAGGGCAUCAUCUUGUCCCGCAACAGUAAUUGUCAGCAAUAUCGUAUGUAUUUCCUAUCUUGAAUUAACACUGCACAAACAUAAAUUUUUUUGCUGCAACAUGAAAUAUUUGCCAAACUUUACAUGCUUUAAACUGCCUGUUCUACCAAGGCCCAAGACAAGAUGUACUCGCUGCAGAAUUGUUGCAUUUACUGAGGUAUAAGCUGAGUUUUUUUUUUUUUUUUUUUUCCAGACUCCUUAGUCUCGAAGUCACCUCCUGCCUUAUAUGCGAGACUGAUAAAUUCAGUUACUGUUUUAAUAUGGCAGCAGCAUGCUUGAAUGCUUGCAGCACUGAACGCAUGCUUGAGAGCAGCACAAUACCACUGCGCAAACGCUCCAUCACGUGGCUUUUUUCCAAUUUUGCGGGGCUUUCUUUGCAACCUGGAAGAAAGGACUGCGUGAGACAUAUCUUAAAGGAAACAACUCGAUCGGUGGUUUCUGAAGGUGCUCUACAAAUCUGCGUAUCAUACUUGGGGCCCUUAGCCUAUAAUUAAAAUGUUGGGUAAUUAAACUUAAUUAGUGAGUUAUGGGGGAAAAAAAUUGUCUGAGUUACUAUAGGCUAUUGCAAAUAGUAUGCGUUUGAUUCAGUUCGCUUCCGACGUACCUUCCUUUUUGAAAUUCUUGGCUGAAGUUAUAUGGGACGCCCUGUAUUGUACCACAUGCAUCUGGCUUCAAGUUGUAGCCAAAGUUUUUACCUUUUGAAUACUUUGUCUCAGGGUGAUGAGCAUUCAUUUUGACAAGGGCUCCCAGGAAGGCAUGACAGCAGGAACGACAGUUUUGUGUUCUAGCGUGCCCAGACACUUUGCCUUUCAGUAAUGGGUGUCCCUCCCAACUUCCUCAACUUUCAGGGGCUCAGACUUUGCGUUUAGCUCUUCACACAUGACUGCACAGAACCGGGUAGGCCUAUUUCUUUUUUCUGCAAGAUGGCGUUGGGUUUGCCCAGGCUUGGUAGGCAUAUUGGCUGUUUGUGACCCUCUGAGCACUGACUUGCACCGAUUAGGUUUUCAGAAACAGUGUGCCAGAAUGUGCAGCUCUUAUCAAGCUUUGUCACCGCUAUCAUAUUUAUUCAAAAGGGAGUAGCAGUGUGCCUGGAUCUGCAAUUCUAACUGAACUUCAUCUUCACUAUAUCUAUUCAGAGGCGAAUAGCAUAGAUGAGUGCAGUGGACGACGCAAAUUAUGAUUUUUUUAACAGUUGCGUUGAUCAGUGAGCACCUGUCAUGUCUUCAGAGCUUUGUACUGAUAUAACUGCCUGCUGGAUCAGGUGUACGGAAGGCUCGCAGGGGUGCAGGGGCAUGGCAUGCUUUCAACUGCUGCUGCAAGCUUUUGUCUUAGGUCGGCACGCUGGAGGAUGAUUAGGCCUUUGCAGCACUGCGUCUAAAAUUGUGCUAACUACAUAAAUUGGAACUAGCAAAACGAGCAACUAGUAAAAAGAAUGAUGCUUAUUAUUAUUUUUUUGCAACUUCUAAGAUCCCUGCUUAGUAGACUUGUUCAGUGUUGACGGGUCAAGUUUGUUAGAAGAAAAAAAAAAAUGCUGGAAGAUAUGAUGUGCUUUCUAACAGUGCCACUACGUCACCACAAUAGGAGGUUUUCUAUUUCUUUUUUUUUUUUCAUGCUUGAUAUGAUUUACAUCAGAUGAACUUCAGAACUGGCUGGGUGCCUCCAACUGCAUCUUAAAAAGCGUAUUCUCAUUCCUGUAGCUGAAGCAGUGUUUUGAGUUCAUGCUUGGAGUUUGUGUAUUUGUGGAUACUAAUUUUUUUACUGCUUUGAUUUUGCUCGUUUUUAACAGUUCUAACGAACCCCAAAAAAUUCUUAAAGCAAGAUUUUCAGCCUGCAGAGACAACUUGUGCCUGAAAAGCUUAGAUCAAUCGGGUCAUGUUGGUUGCUUUUGUUUCCAGAGAACCUUUCCAGUGUGUGGGAAAUUCACCUAGCUGAAGGGGCUUCUGUUCCAUGUCUCAGGUUGUCAGGCAGAGAUAAAUUAAACCCACAAGUGCAAGAUUGUUGCUUAAUUUAACAUAUAUAUAUACAUAUAUGACAGUAGACUGCUUCUACUGUGGCUUUGUGUAGUUAGGUUUGGUUUACUUCUAUGUGACAUUGUUGCUUUCACAGCUUUGUUUCAUAAGCACUUUUAGCACACCUGCAAGAAUACUCGCAUCGCUGUGACUGCAAGAGACAUGUUACUAACUGCGAUAAAGGGUAAUACUUUGUAUAAAUUAUUUUUGUGUAUAAUUUGUAUGUGCACCCCUACAGCUGUGAUCACAUUGUGCAAUUCAAAAUUGUUCUUUAAUGUUGCUUGGAGGAGUGGCAGAUUGCGCCCACUUGUUGAAAUGGAUGAUACAUAUCAUUUGGGAGACAUCUGUGAAUUCCACCUGGAAUAUAUAUAUAUAUAUUUUUUUUUGUACUAAGAACUUCCAUUUGUUGAUGGUUUGGCUUUGAAUUUGUGUGCACAGGGUCCUUCACUCUGGGGUGAAAUCCGUUUUCUGACAAUAUUUCACACACACUUAUAACUGGUUUUGGUGAGAGUUGGGAGGGAGUCUGUUGGGACAAUUACAGUCGUUUCGCAGCAGUACAAUGGAACCACUCUUACGUUUACAAACAGGUGUCCUUUCUGUGUGGGAAUGGGCUUUCAGCCAUGCUUAACGCACACGUAAUGGCAAUCAAGUAUGUUAUACCUGACAAAGCAAGAGUGCUGAUUGUGAUUUUCUUCCGCAAGGCUUUCUCCUUCACACCUCUCGCCAAAAGAAAAUCAUUUCGUGAACAGUUUUCAGGAGAACAGCCCAAAUUUUUUUACCUCAAUUACAAGUUUCUAUAAGCUAAUAGAGCCCAAAAUUUUAUGUCCCAGAUGUAAAAAUGGAAAACCUAAAGUGAAGGACCCUUAAUGGAGUACACACCAUAUAUGCAUAAUAACUUGUGCUGUUGCGAGUGGUAUGCUAUCGACGAGUGAUUCUAUUUCUUGUAUGUAAAGGUUGCCUUGCAGCAGCUGUUACUGUAUACGCUUGUAGAUGUUGCGGUUGCAUGGUGUGGCUGCCUGUUUCAGCAGAUUGACGUGGUGGACUCUGCCAAAGAUGUUCUACUCUGGACCUUUUUUUUAUUUGAGUCUGUUCAGUUUGGCUGGGGAAUGUAGUGCAUAUAGCAGCUUCCUUUUUUUUUCUUUUU